CUGCGUACAAAUUGAAUAAAUAAGAAUUUCCUUGCUGGCUCAGGCCAAAGACCCAUCGAGCCCAACGUCCUGUCCUCACAAUGACCAAUCAGAUGCCACCCCUAGGAUGCCAACAAACAGAACUUGAGGGUGGCAGCGGCAGCAAUUCUCCCUCUUGAGAUUUCCUGCGACUGGCAUUCAUAUGCAUACAUACGUGCACACAAGUCAUCACGGCUGGUAGAGGAAAGAGAGAGAACAUGGUGAUGAGUUUCCGAGUCUCGGACCUCCAGAUGUUGCUCGGGUUCGUCGGCCGGAGCAAGAGCGGCUUGAAACACGAACUGGUGACCCGGGCCUUGCAGCUGGUCCAGUUUGACUGCAGCCCCGAACUGUUCAAGAAGAUCAAGGAGAUUUACGAGACGCGCUACGCCAAGCUCUCCGAUGCAGGGCAGAUUCCGCAGCAACAACAGCAGCAGCAGGCGCCCCAGCACAGACCUCCCCAGGAAACCCUCUCCAUCCAUUCCUCCUACGACCGCAGCAGCAACGCGGUGGCCAGGACUGCUCUCUCCACCGCCAACAUUGACUACCCCUCCCUCUACGGGAAGUACUUAAACGGACUGGGGCGGUUACCCGUCAAACCGGCGAAGCCCGAGGUUCAGCUGGUGAAGCUCCCCUUCUACAGCAUUUUGGACGAACUCCUGAAGCCCACCGAACUCGUCCCGCAGAACAACGAGAAGCUACAGGAGAGCCCGUGUGUCUUUGCCCUGACGCCGAGGCAAGUGGAGCUCAUCAGAAAUUCCAGGGAGCUGCAACCAGGUGUGAGAUCGGUCCAGGUAGUCCUCAGAAUCUGCUACACAGAUACCAGAUGCCCUCAGGAAGACCAGUAUCCCCCAAACAUCGCUGUGAAAGUGAACCAUAGUUACUGUUCUGUCCCGGGCUAUUAUCCCUCCAACAAACCAGGUGUGGAGCCCAAGCGGCCUUGUCGUCCUAUCAACCUCACUCACCUCAUGUACCUGUCUUCCGCAACCAACCGCAUCACCGUCAUCUGGGGCAAUUACGGAAAGAGUUAUUCUGUGGGCCUCUUCCUCGUGAGACAGAUGACGUCGGCAGAGCUGCUCCAGAGGUUGAGAGUAAUCGGCAUUAAGCACCCAGAGCUGUGCAAGGCACUUGUUAAAGAGAAGCUUCGCCUGGACCCAGAAAGCGAAAUCGCCACCACUGGUGUCCGAGUGUCUCUCAUAUGCCCGCUUGUGAAGAUGCGUCUGUCGGUGCCGUGUCGGGCCGAGACCUGCGCUCAUCUCCAGUGUUUCGACGCCGUUUUCUACCUGCAGAUGAAUGAGAAGAAGCCCACCUGGAUGUGCCCAGUUUGCGACAAACCGGCCACUUACGACCAACUGAUGAUUGAUGGGCUCUUAUCGAAGAUCUUGACGGAAUGCGAAGAUGCCGACGAGAUUGAAUACUUGGUGGAUGGCUCUUGGUGCCCUAUCAAAGCAGAGAAGGAGAGGAGCUACAGCCCCCAGUGUCCAAUUUUAGUUGUGGGCGGGUCCACAGGUGGCACUUCGGAGGCCAACGGUGUGCCGCCUCCCGCCCCCAGCGUGGAGAACGGCAAGGUCCCCGCCGAUGUGGUGGACUUGACGCUGGACAGCUCGUCCUCCGAGGAAGAGGACGACGACGACGAAGAGGAGGACGACGACGGCGGACCCAAAAGGAAACUGCCCCGCCUAUACAAGAACGGCUUGGCAUCCGCCUGCUGACUGCAGGGGGCGCUCCGAGUCCUCCGCGUGGGAAAAGCUUGAAUACCUUGGUGCUUAUUCAGACGUGGGAAGAGGGGCUUUCUCUCCCUUCCCCCUCUCCAUCUCGCCCUCUUGCAAAGCUGCCCCUUGUGACUUCCCAGUUCCAAGUUAAUUUUUUAAAAAAAAAAAGAAAGAAAGAAAAGAAAAAAAUUAAGAAGGCCUGCCAGGGGCGAGGGUGUGGCGGCGACGUUGGCGGAGCUCCUGCGUGGCUGGAAGACGCCGCCCGGCGAGCCAUCCUCUUUCUGGGGUCUUUUGCCAGCUCAUCUUGCACCGCCGCGAGAAGCAGGGCCGGGACGGCACACACCUCUCUUGCAUGGAGGAGUCGUGUCGGGAAUUGGCCACUGGCUCUCCUCUCCUUCCUCGCGCCCCCGACCCCCGGCUCUCCUCUCUGCCCCCGUUGCUUCUUGGAUGACCUGGUGCCAGCUGCUCGGAGCAUGUCUGAGCGCCGGCGGGCAACCUGAACUCUUCUGGGCCUCCCAAAAGCGGCAUGUGUCUCUUUGGUCUUGCCUUGUUCGACAGCCAUUCCUGACUCCUCCUCAAUCUCUCUCUCUCUCUUUCCCUUUCUCUGACACGUGCGAGACCCCUCGCUGGACGUUUUAAGGGAGUGCUGUGUGUUGCCCUUCGAUGCCCGGAGGCUCCUAGAACCAGCAGGUUUCCCUGGUCCCCCCCUCCACUGCCCCCCGUCCCAUGGGCAUGUCAGGAAAGGGCUUUGGGAGGGGAGCCGGUGCAAGAUGGACCUCGACUUUGAAACCAAGAUGGUUUAGAGUUCCUUGGAGCAUUCUUGGGAGAGAACCUCAUGUAAAGAACUCUUUUUAGCUUCUCCCGAAAAUAAUGUAGAAUUCUUACAUACUGAUUCCCUGUUACUCCCCACGCCCCCUUUUUUUAAGUUGAACAAAGCCAUUGGGGAGGUGGGAGGUGGGGAGGGGUCGGAAUGCGGAAUGGGCUUGAACCACAAACCUGUCGUCUUUUCUUCCCUUUCUUUUGAAGUGCAAUAACUUGGUGUGUUUUGGAAGGCGAAAAGGGCUGUGUGUCUCCCCGUCCCACCCUCUUUAAUCUCACCAGGGCUUUAGCUUGAGUCGGGUGUUUUGGGGAACAAAACAGCUUUUUUUGCCAGGGGGCGGGGGUGGGCUAGGAGUGGACGGGCCGGCGGGUUUGGGGGGGGCACAAUGGCCCUUUCCAAAACAGAAAUACCAGGUGGAGGAACUUUUUAUUAUUAUUAUUUUUAUUAUUGUUUCUACCCAACUACCUCGGUUUUAAGACAAACAAACAGAAAUUCAGGUGUAGCUCAGUCAUGGUGGUGGACAGCAUGCAGGUGACUGUUGUCUUUUUAAAAAUUGCCUAUGGACUUCCAGCUGCUUUGAUACGUCUCCCCCUCUGUUCCCCCAAAGCGCACGCCCUCGUGUAUCUGUGAACUCCUUUUUAAAUAUUGCCCCCUUCUGCUCUGCCUGGCCUCGGAUCGCUUGCCUACGUCUGCUCUUGACUUUCAUUGCUGGCAAGCGAGGAAAUGCUCGCCCCUCAUAUCACACACACACACACACACACACACACACACACACACACACACACCCUCUGCCCAGGAGCUGGUGCACGACUAGUAACCCCAUGCAGAUGACCAAGGAAAAGUGUGUCUGUUGGUUUCAUGUGUUUACACUAGGCCAAGACUGUGCAAGGUGGGCUUUUAUUGCACACACUGAAAACUGAAUUGGCCUCGCAUUUUAUUUUGGUGGGUCGGGGGAGUUGUCCUGUUUCCUUUGCCCCCCCUUCCCCCCCUUCCUGCCAUUCCCACCUGUUGUCCGUCCGCCAGUCCAGCAAACCUGGAACGCGGGGUGCUUUUGCUGUCCCCCCCCCCCAGAAAAACAAAA